AUGACGACGCUCUCAAAAGCAGAUCUCAAAGCUGCAACGAUGAAGAGAAAACUUCACGUCAUGAUCAGAAAUACACUGAAAGAGUUUUGCAUUCAUUUCGUCUACCUCCUCGUUGUGUGCAGUCUCUGCUAUUCCAAUCGCAGUGAUGGUGAUCAUCUCCUGUACAAUGUGAUAUCCGAUGCACUAAUUCAGAAGACAACAAAUAAUACUGGAUUUAACCAUGUAAAUAAUGUCACUUUUCUUAAAAUCAAUUAAUCCGUUGUAUCCAACAGUUUUUUUUUUAAUGCAAUUUAAUAAUGCUGAAUGCAUUUAAUUUAAUUUCUUCAAAUAGGUAAAUACAAGUAGAGACUACAUCAACUGGCUUAAUUCAACUCUGAGACCAUGGCUGUUUUCAGAAAACAAUAAGAUGCAUGAUCCGAAUGGUACAGAUAGAGAAUAUUACACUGAUGACAUGAACCUUUAUCGUCUUGGUGAACCAAGAAUUAGACAGCUUCGUAUGAAGAAAGGUUUGAAUUCAUUAUGAUUGGUUUUUAGUGUGUGUAUAUCACAAACUUUGAAAGACACAAACGAAAAAUAAAUAUUUAAAAUGUUGCCCUCUUUGUAACAACGAGGUGAUGAUUUCUUUCACGAAUUGAUUUUUAACACAAUGAUACUGAUUAAAAAGAUUUUUAAAAAAUAUUUGAGUGAUAUUUUGUGUGUGUGUGUGGGGGGGGGUGGAGGGGGGUGUUUCUUUUUCUUGAAUACUAUUGAAUGUAAAGGUUAAAUAUUUUUAUUAGAAACCUACCAGAAUAAAAAAGAUUUUUAAAGUAUAAGGUUGAAAUUCCGAGUCAAUCACUAAACCUUAAUUUUUCUUUAAAAUAUCAAAGGAAAGGUAGUUAUUCUAAAAUCAUACUUUCAGAUGAGCACUUCCACAUCGACCUUGUUUCCUUUCAGAUUAGCACUUCCACAUCCAACUUGUUUCCUUUCAGAUUAGCACUUCCACAUCGACCUUGUUUCCUUUCAGAUUAGCACUUCCACAUCGACCUUGUUUCCUUUCAGAUUAGCACUUCCACAUCGACCUUGUUUCCUUUCAGAUUAGCACUUCCACAUCGACCUUGUUUCCUUUCAGAUUAGCACUUCCACAUCGACCUUGUUUCCUUUCAGAUUAGCACUUCCACAUCGACCUUGUUUCCUUUCAGAUUAGCACUUCCACAUCGACCUUGUUUCCUUUCAGAUUAGCACUUCCACAUCGACCUUGUUUCCUUUCAGAUUAGCACUUCCACAUCGACCUUGUUUCCUUUCAGAUUAGCACUUCCACAUCGACCUUGUUUCCUUUCAGAUUAGCACUUCCACAUCGACCUUGUUUCCUUUCAGAUUAGCACUUCCACAUCGACCUUGUUUCCUUUCAGAUUAGCACUUCCACAUCGACCUUGUUUCCUUUCAGAUUAGCACUUCCACAUCGACCUUGUUUCCUUUCAGAUUAGCACUUCCACAUCGACCUUGUUUCCUUUCAGAUUAGCACUUCCACAUCGACCUUGUUUCCUUUCAGAUUAGCACUUCCACAUCGACCUUGUUUCCUUUCAGAUUAGCACUUCCACAUCGACCUUGUUUCCUUUCAGAUUAGCACUUCCACAUCGACCUUGUUUCCUUUCAGAUUAGCACUUCCACAUCGACCUUGUUUCCUUUCAGAUUAGCACUUCCACAUCGACCUUGUUUCCUUUCAGAUUAGCACUUCCACAUCGACCUUGUUUCCUUUCAGAUUAGCACUUCCACAUCGACCUUGUUUCCUUUCAGAUUAGCACUUCCACAUCGACCUUGUUUCCUUUCAGAUUAGCACUUCCACAUCGACCUUGUUUCCUUUCAGAUUAGCACUUCCACAUCGACCUAGUUUCCUUUCAGAUUAGCACUUCCACAUCGACCUUGUUUCCUUUCAGAUUAGCACUUCCACAUCGACCUAGUUUCCUUUCAGAUUAGCACUUCCACAUCGACCUAGUUUCCUUUCAGAUGAGCACUUCCACAUCGACCUUGUUUCCUUUCAGAUUAGCACUUCCACAUCGACCUUGUUUCCUUUCAGAUUAGCACUUCCACAUCGACCUUGUUUCCUUUCAGAUUAGCACUUCCACAUCGACCUUGUUUCCUUUCAGAUGAGCACUUCCACAUCGACCUUGUUUCCUUUCAGAUUAGCACUUCCACAUCGACCUAGUUUCCUUUCAGAUGAGCACUUCCACAUCGACCUAGUUUCCUUUCAGAUAAUCAUCCCCUCGCACCCCCACAAUUUUUUUUGGGAGACUUUUUCCAUAACUGUCAGCGGCGUAGCGAGGGUGUUAGGCGCCCGGGGACAUCUGUCCCCCCCCUGCACCCCCCCCCCUUCGCUACGCCUCUGAUAACUGUGUAACUGGUUCCUAAAAUAUUUAUAUUGAUUUAUAUUUACACAUUUUAAUGUUGUUGUUUUUUUUGGGGGGGUUGUAUUUUUGUUGUUGGUUUUUUUAGGGGGUUUUUGUUGUAAAAAUGGUAAAUAACUCAACUUUACGAACAACAUUACAGAAUAAUGAAUAGAUAUCAUAAAAUUCACAUUUCAGAGGACUGCUCAUUUGAAGGAAUCAGG